AUGACGACGAAACAAUCCACGUUCAAAAUUCUUGUGAUUGGUGAUCCUGGCACAGGAAAAACUUCAAUUAUAAGGAGAUUUGUACAUGAUGUAUUCACUGCUAAUUAUAAAGCUACGAUAGGAGUUGAUUUUGCUAUGAAGAAAAUGAUAUUAGACGACGAUAUGCAAGUUUACCUCCAAAUAUGGGAUAUAUCAGGUAAGCACUGCCAUUUUACUUGUUGA